ACAGGUACGUGUCUCAGUGUCUCAGUUUUGUUAUCAUCGACCGUGUAGUUGGUGUCCAAAAUUAAUAAAAGAUGGUCGCUACAGAAACUAUUUUUUCCUUGGAAAACCCACUGUUUAGGACAUAUUUGCUUCAUGCCUGCGUUUUAAGCCUCAAAAUUCUGGCUAUGGCCAUUCUCACGGGCAGAUAUAGAUUUAAAACAAAGACUUUUAUUAACCCAGAAGAUGCCAUAUCCAUGAAAGUUAAAGUAAAAACCGAUGAUAAUGUGGAAAGAGUCAGAAGGGCCCAUCUUAACGAUAUAGAAAACAUCCCAGUCUUUUUCGUCGUUAGUUUCGCAUACCUCAUGACCAAUCCUGCGGUGGGUUUUGCUACCAUGCUGUUCAGAGCUUUUACAGCAGCAAGAUUCGUCCACACAUUUGUAUACGCUGUUGUAGUCAUUCCUCAACCCGCCAGGGCUCUCUCCUGGGGCGUAGGAUACGCCAUCACAUGGUACAUGGGAAUCACCUCCAUUUUGAAUUUGUUGUAAAUUAUUAUUCUAUUUUUUAAAUAGUUUUUGUAUUCAUUGUUUUUAUAUUCAUUGUUUUUUUCUAAUAAUACAAAUGUUUUUAAAGAGUUUAUUAUUUUUUUUACAAUUUAAAUACAGGUACCUACUAAUACAA